UAUCCCACAUAAUCUCCACGUUGCCUUGUGAUGAUCUCCAAAGAAUCUACAUCCCUGCAAUUACGGACUAAUAAAGCUUCCAAGUUUUUUGUCCCCCCUGCUUAAUUGAUUUUUCUUUCUCUCUUAGAUCGAUCCAAGAUACAAGAACACAGUUAACAUUGAUCAAUCUUCUUCUGUUACUCUGUUUUUCUCACUUAUCAAUUGACCUAGGUGAAUAACUCAAAUCAGAUUAAUGGGUAUUUUACUUUCCUGUCUUCGCGUUCCGGAGCAAGGUAAUGAGUCUCGAAACGUAUCCAGAAUCCCAGCCUUCAGCCACCCAAUAAUGAAUAACUUUCCCCUCAAGUUCGAGCAACUAUCUCGAAACCUGGAAAGAAGGGAAUUUUCCUCUGUCGCCAACAAAGAAGAAGACGUUUGUCCGACAUGUUUCUAUGAGUACACUGAGGAUAAUCCGAAAACAGUUCUACAAUGUGGACAUAUCUUUCACCUCGCCUGCAUCUAUGAAUGGAUGGAGAGAAGUGCAGCUUGUCCCUUUUGUUCCAAGACAAUGCUUUUCUUGGAGGGUGAAAUUACAGAGCAGGUGGAGUAACUAUAAGAGAUCCUCAGAUUCUUGGCGGCUGCAAAAUUUUCAUCGUAAUCAAUUCUUUCUUAAAUUAUGUUGUAACCACUACAAGAAAACAUGUCUACUGCAAGGGAAAAAAACAUCGCAAUUCCGUUGCAAAUCGCAAUUUGCAACGAAUUUGCAAGGAAAGUCGUUUCCUUGCAAAUCCUUACUCGCAAAUUAAAAACGCUUGCAAUUCUCUCGCAAAUUUGCAACGGAAUAAUUUCCGUCGCAAAUUUGCGAG